AUGGUUACGAUGCGGAACUUACUUUACGGUAUUGCGCAGAUGUAUCCGCCAAAGUCAAAAUGGAGCGUCGACGACAUGCCAGACUUGACGGGCAAGGUUGCGAUGGUGACGGGGGGGAACAGUGGGAUCGGAAGGGAAACAGUGAAGGCACUUCUUAUGCACAAUGCCAAAGUCUACCUCGCCACUCGGGACGAGCAGAAAGCCCGCAAAGCCAUCGCAGAACUAAAGGUCGAAACGAGUGGGAAGGAAGCGGUGUUUCUUAAGCUUGAUCUAGCAGAUUUGAGGAACAUCCGGUCAGCGGCAGAGGAAUUUCUUGCAAAAGAGCAGGAACUGCACAUCGUGUUCGCAAAUGCCGCAAUAAUGGCCUGUCCGCUGUCGAUACUCACCGAACAACAGCACGACAUACAGUUCGGCACCAAUGUUAUUGGCCACUACCACCUUGUGACGCUCCUCCUCCCCGCUCUCGCUCGUGCUUCUGAGCUCAAUUCUACAACCAAGUCUCGAGUCAUUUUUACUUCAUCUUCAGCGUCAUACAUGUCUAACGGGAUCGAAUGGGAUGCAUUGAGCGAUAACAUGGCCUUGAAAGAGAAGGGGAGGAAGAAGGUAGGACCCAGGGGAUUGUACAGUAUGUCGAAGUUCGGGAAUAUAGUCCUGGCAAACGAGCUUGCAAGACGGUAUGGAGACAAAGUUGUAGUCAUGUCUUGUAACCCUGGGAAUAUAAAGACCGAACUACAACGAUACUUCCC